AUGGCAACCCCUCGCCGGAAUGGUCAGCUAUCCUCAUGUGAGCCAUGUCGGACAUCGAAAUUGCGGUGUGAUCAUACGAGCCCGAGGUGCGGGCGUUGCGAGCGCCGCGGCCUUUCGUGUGUUUAUCACCCUGCACCCUUGACCCGUACACUCGACAAAGUCACUCCAGUCAAAAGGACUCGCUUGUCGCGUGAGCCACAGCACACCAGGAGCCCGAAUAGGUUGCCCCAUAACGACGAGUCUUGGAUGCGAAAAAAGGCAUCUGUCUCAGCUCCCGGGUUUCUGGGCCAGACAAGUUAUUCGGACGUCUUCACGGAUGCAACGAGUGGCCUCUCCACCGGCAGACUGCAGGUGGUCGAUCAAGAUACCGUUCCCGUCGACCCAAAACGAAUCAAUCUCGGGGCCCAAGUCCUGGCACUUUUGGAAAACCUUCCAUUCUACAGAGAGGCCAUCACUACCCGAUUCAAGAUCUGGAGGGGGUGGGCCAUUGGUUGGAGCGUUGCAAACAUGAUAUUUACGACGGUGGAAGAUAUGUGGAAACUCUAUGGAGAGGUAGAGCCAGACACUAUGCCGCGUGCGAUGCUCAUGUCCAGAAAGCUCUUUGAAACCCACACCAGGAAUUUUGAGGUAACAUCAACCACAACCUGGGAGGAAUUCCAAAAGAUGUCAUCCGGCAGGUGGGAGACGAUUGGCAUUCUUUUCAUCCUCACAGGUCUAGCUACGGACUUGGUUCCCCACGACCACCCAAUUUUCACGGAAACCAAUACAAUGGACCCGAAGGCACUUGCAACAACUGCGAGCGCAGUGGGAGAGAUAUGUCUUCAAUUUUGCGAGAGUGCUGGCAUAGUCAAUGAUCUUGUGAGCUGGAUGUUAUUGCACCAGACUACGCUUUUAGCAGUCGUCUAUGGUGAAAGUGAUAUUCGACCCUGGAGAAAGCUAGGGGAGUUAUCUACAACAGUGUUUGCGCUCGGAUUGCAUCAAGACUCAAGCAAAAAUGCACCCUUCUUCCUCGCAGAGCUUCGAAAACGAACUAUGGUUGCUGCAUUUACAGUCGACAAAGUCCUUGCAACCUUCCUGGGCCGACCACCACUCAUUGGUUGGCGUUAUUGUAAUAUUCAGAUGCCUCUUGACCUGAGUAUGGAUGAGAUAUUCGCCGAACCCAGCGUUCGCGAUGCGGCAUUAGCCCGAUUGGACGAGACCACCGGAUGGAACAAAGAGGGAACGCUGAAAAAGGGUGUCUGGGCUCGAACCGCACUGAUUACAAGUGUCAUUCGUGAGAAAGUGCUGGAGCUGUCAUUGAGUACACAGACUGAGAAUCUGAGCGACAGAGUUGAGGAAUUGAUACAAGAGUCUCGCCGGUUAAAACAAGGGCUGCCAGACUUUCUCCAGUGGACGCCAGAUGGCGACAUAGCAGGGAUUUCAAAGAUCGAAGAUUCCUUCCUGUUUGAGUUACAUUCAGAGUUCCUUUAUAACGACUUCCUUCUGUAUCGAACUCUAGGACGGCGCACACAUACCCAGCCUCCGGAGCUUCUAGAAACUUCUCGUGAAGUCAUCAAGGCAUUGAUCUCGAUGGUGACCAAGAUCAUUCGCUGUGGGCAUGCUAUGAGUGGCACUGGAUGGGUGCUUUGCUUGCCAGGUCUACCUUGCGCCGGUGUGCUUUCGGCAGAAUUACUGCGCCAUUCUAGAUCCCCAAUACGAGCAAACUCCACCCCCUUUCCUAGGUCAGAGAUAAUCCAAAAUCUCACCCUCUAUGCGUCAUAUCUAGACACCAUGAUCAAGCCGGAUGAAGGCAACUUUCGCGUGGCACAGCAAGGACAGAAAGCAAUUCGACAUGUCUUAGAUCAAGUUCUUUCGGCUGAGCAGCUUUCUCCCAUGAUUGAUGAGAGUCAAUGGGGAGAUGGACUGGUUCGAAGCGAUGAUCACCUGCUUGAUGGGGUAAAUUUUGAUGAGCAUGAUUUGUUCUUCAACUUGAUGGAUGGAGGCAUGCAGCAGAUAUCGGAGUCUUGCCUUACAUGGGGCAAUUUCUCUUGA